CUUUUUCUCUAUCUUUGGAAGUUGUUUUAGGAGAUAACUCGAUUUAUGAAACGAAUAAGUAAAAAACCAGAAACGCGGUUCAUUUUUAUCGAUCGAUUUGCGUUGUAUUGUAGCGCUAAGUUAAAUUAUUUAUUGCUUUAAUAAAUAGUUAAUAUGUUAAAUAUUCGUAAAUAUGAGGUUUGUGAUUAAUGUGAUUCACUUACAAUAUCAGAAAAUACUAACUUUAUAGUUUGAUAUUCGACGUUUUAUAAACACGAAAUAAUGGAUUGGAUCAUUUCGGACGAAUUAGGGCUUACUGUGGGCCAUCUGGUAGGUUGGGGAGCAGCUGGUGCUAUGAUAAUAGGUGGCGUCGCCCCUUACAUCCCACAGUACAGACAAAUCAAGAGAACACAAGAUGCUGAAGGAUUCUCUCUAUAUGUUUGUUUAGCUCUACUUAUAGCAAAUACAUUGAGGAUAUUGUUUUGGUUUGGUAAACGCUAUGAAAUACCUCUAUUAAUCCAGAGUAUAGUAAUGAACAUCACAAUGUUUGUGAUGAUACAUCUCUGUGUAAAUGUACGAAAAAUGAACCAAAUUGUUAGAGCUAGAGAGAGAAUAUUCACAGACCAGCCGGAUCAAACGGCACGCUGGCUGGAUCAGCGCAGCGGCUUCAGUGGCGGGGAGAAGCCCCAUCGCUUCUAUGAUAUGGAAAGAAAGUAUUUCUGGGCCUGGACAGACUUCCAGAGCUAUGUAGACUGUAUGUUGGUGUUCUCGGUGUUGGGCGCGGCGAUCACCUACCUCCUUAUAGAGUUCUCGCCAUUCGUAGAACUUAUCGGGUUCCUCGCUCUAUUCACCGAGGCCAUGCUUGGUGCACCUCAGAUAUUUAAAAAUUAUAAGAAUAAAAGUACUGAGGGCAUGAGUGUUAGCAUGGUGAUAAUGUGGACGUGUGGUGAUGUGUUCAAGACUGCAUACUUCGUUUUAAGAGAAGCGCCUCCUCAGUUUUGGUUGUGUGGGAGCCUUCAAGUCUCAUUAGAUGUCGUUAUAUUAUGUCAAGUUUGGUGGUACCGCCACAACACUGCGGCGGCCAGGCGGCUGCGUCGGGGCGACUAGCAAUGGACGGAGACCGACUUAUAGCACCAGCCGGCCGAGGCCCGGCCGUCCAACGCGAUCAGGACGUCCAUCGCCUCCAUCGCCUUCUGUGCCCCUUACUCGGUACUCUGCCUUCCCUACAUAUUAUGACGAUAAUCUCCGUAAUAUGAUCACGGGUUGUGUGAAAAUACUCUCCAACUGAAAGUUUAUAUCAAACCCAAGCGAUGACCAAAAUGUAUGGUGCGAACUGAUAUUGGACAAUUUAACGAAAAUUGUUAAUCGAAUUAGACAUUUAUUACGUUCUAGCGGUUGCAAUAAUUCCUUAGGUAGACGGUGCUAUAGGUUUGUGCCUAAAUUAAUAUCAACGAGGGUCAUAGAAGAAAUACUAAUGAUGAUCAUUUAUUGUUUAUAUAAUGGUGAAAUAGUCAUCGAUGUCGAUAGUUAUUUAAAUUAGAGUGACCAAAAUGUUUACUUGUCUUUUAAGGUGAUGAACUAGUCCUAUCGAUUAGACGCAUUGUAAGUCUAAAAAUGCUUGAUAGGUUUAAAAUAUUAAUUGUAAUGUGGAUAGCCAAAAUCAAAUUUUACAAGAAGUAAAUAAAAUUUUCAUAAUUUAUACGCAAUAUUAGUACAAGCAAGCAUUUUUAGCAUAGCAAGACGGGUUGUUGACGACAGCAAUAAUUCUCGAAAGUGUUGCUUAUAUUAAAGUACAAUACAUGUUAUAUUUUAAAUACCUACGACUUUAUGUAUAGCAUCUAUAUAAUUUUAUUAAAUUUGUUAACAAAGUGAGAUAUAUGCCCCAACAAUACAACUUGGAAAGGGCUUCUAUAAACAUAUAAUUGUACAUUGGAACUUGUAAAUAUUUGUUUAUGAUAAGACUCCAAAUAAUAAUCAGUACUACGCAACUUGUAGGGUACAAUAACUUCUAGAUUUAAACUUCCGUAAAAAUGCCAAUUUAGAUAAAAAGUAUAAAAUAUACAAGAGAUACUAAUGUGUAUUUAUAUUGUAACAAUUUAUUAAUGUGUCCCCGAGGAACCAACAUUUUUAUGAUUAAGAUUUCUAGUGUUGACUCACUAUCUAGGGGGACGUUUACUAACGUAUGUGCAGUGUAAUUUUUUUAUGAAAGCCAAUGAUUUUCGUAAUAGUAAAUCUACAGUUUCUGCUUUUAUAAUGAGGUGUUACGAAAUAUUUACAUUCCUCGAUAUUUUAUUCCAUUUUACCUUUUUGGUAUAUGUACAAGAAAAUGUUUGUGACGAAUAUAAUUCCUAGUUGUUUUCUACAAAAACACGUUCCAAAAUCUUGUAAUAAUGCUUCUAAAUAACUAUUUUGUAACGUAUAAAAUAGC